UAUGUCCAUAUCUCCACAUCCCACCUCUUUAUAUUGCAUCAUAUCUCAAAGUCUAAAUGAUUUGCAUGAAAAAAAUAAUAUGGAACCAACUUUGCCUGUUCUCCCAAGACUUGAUCGUCUUGAUCGAUUGUUAGAGCUCUUGGAAGAGAAGCAUGGAAAACCAAGAAUGUAUGGAUCUACAACCAUGGCAACCCAUGAUGAUGAUGAUCAUAAAGAUAAUAUUGUGGACCACCCAAAUUGUAAAACGCUGUCGUGUGCCCUUGAUGAUGUUCAUUACAAAGGCACCCUUAUUGAUAGGCUUGAAAUGCUUGAGAAUCGUGUUUUACAGUUGAGCUUAGAUAUGGAAGAGGGGAGCACAUCAAGAUCAAGUUCAUCAACUGUUUAUGCCACAAAGGAGGAAAAAGACUUUCUAAUUGAUAAAUGUUCCACAAAAUCAAAUAGCAAAGGAAAGAAAAGGAUGCCCAAGUGGAUGGGGUGGUUUGCUAUGAGAUGCUAGAGUAUGCUUAACAUGUCAA